ACAACCAGAAUUCUUCAGCUAAAUGUGUAGAUGACAUGUGAAAAUCUAAAUAGCAGAGAAGGAUCGAAUUUUGAGUCUAAUGGUCGCGUCUCAUGUUGUUAGUCUUCAUUUCUGCGAGUCUCAGACUCAAACUCAAAAUCUUGCCUCGAUCCUUACCCUUUUCUCUUUCAGUUGAGCUUCCAUCACCAAACCCAAUUCUAAGAUCAAAAUGGGUUUCCUUUUCCAGUUCCACCAAUGCCUCUCCACACGUGCAAGACCCACAACACUUCAUUGGCAUUUUCUGCAAUGCGAGGCUUCACCAGAACCACUACGAGUGCGAGCUUGCAUUGGUUUCCGCGCUCAAAUAUUGUUCUUCCUCCUCUCAGGGUCGCCAACUUCAUUCUCUGGUAUUGAAACUCGGACUCCAUUCCAACACCUUCAUUCAAAACAGCUUGAUCAACAUGUACGCAAAACGCGGUUCAAUUAAAGAUGCCCAAUUGCUGUUUGAUGCUUGUCCCACGUUGAACCCUAUUUCCUGUAACAUUAUGGUUUGUGGGUAUGCCAAAGCUGGUCAAUUGGACAAUGCCCGCAAACUGUUUGACAUAAUGCCUGACAAAGGUUGUGUCUCCUACACCACCAUGAUAAUGGGUCUCGUCCAAAAUGAAUGCUUUCGAGAAGCUCUAGAGGUUUUCAAGGACAUGAGGUCUGAUGGGGUGGUCCCUAAUGACUUGACUCUGGUAAAUGUGAUAUAUGCUUGCUCACAUUUUGGUGAAAUUUUGAACUGUCGAAUGAUUCAUGCGAUUGCUAUUAAGUUGUUUGUUGAGGGGUUGGUUCUUGUUUCGACAAAUUUGAUGCGUGCGUACUGUCUUUGUUCGGGUGUAGGGGAAGCAAGAAGGUUGUUUGACAGGAUGCCUGAAGUGAAUUUGGUCUCUUGGAAUGUAAUGUUAAACGGAUAUGCAAAGGCUGGCCUUGUUGACAUGGCCAGGGAGUUGUUUGAGAGAGUUCCUGAUAAGGAUGUGAUUUCUUGGGGAACAAUGAUUGAUGGUUAUAUCCUAAUGAAUCGUUUACAUGAAGCUUUGGUGAUGUAUCGUGCAAUGCUACGAAGUGGGCUUGCACUUAAUGAAAUCCUAGUUGUGAAUUUGGUUUCAGCAUGUGGUCGUCUGAAUGCAAUUGGUGAUGGUUGGCAAUUGCAUGGAAUGGUUGUUAAGAAAGGCUUUGACUGUUACAAUUUUAUACAGACUACUAUCAUCCAUUUUUAUGCAGCUUGUGGGAUGAUGGACCUUGCUUGUUUGCAAUUUGAAGUGGGCGCAAAGGAUCACCUAGAGUCGUGGAAUGCUCUUGUUUCUGGAUUCAUAAAAAAUAGAAUGGUGGACCAGGCAAGGAAAAUCUUUGAUGACAUGCCUGAAAGAGAUGUGUUUUCAUGGAGUACCAUGAUUUCUGGCUACGCACAAACUGACCAGUCCAGAAUCGCUCUUGAACUCUUCCAUAAAAUGGUAGCCAGUGGGAUCAAACCAAAUGAAGUUACGAUGGUGAGUGUAUUCUCUGCAAUUGCCACAUUAGGCACAUUGAAGGAGGGAAGAUGGGCUCAUGAAUACAUAUGUAAUGAAUCCAUCCCAUUGAAUGACAAUUUACGUGCAGCUCUAAUUGAUAUGUAUGCAAAGUGUGGGAGCAUCAACAGUGCCUUGCAAUUUUUCAAUCAGAUUCGAGACAAAACCUUUUCUGUGUCCCCAUGGAAUGCAAUUAUAUGUGGGUUAGCCUCGCAUGGACAUGCAAGUAUGUGCCUAGAUGUUUUCUCUGAUAUGCAGAGGUAUAAUAUCAAACCAAAUCCAAUUACAUUUAUAGGAGUCCUUAGUGCUUGUUGUCAUGCUGGGUUGGUGGAGCCUGGGCGAAGAAUAUUUAGAAUCAUGAAGAGUGCAUAUAAUGUCGAACCAGAUAUCAAGCAUUAUGGCUGUAUGGUUGAUCUUUUGGGCAGAGCUGGGCUAUUAGAAGAAGCUGAGGAAAUGAUAAGGAGCAUGCCAAUGAAGGCUGACAUUGUGAUAUGGGGAACUUUAUUAGCAGCAUGUAGAACUCAUGGAGAUGUCAAUAUAGGAGAGAGGGCUGCAGAGAGUUUGGCAGGGUUGGCACCAUCACACGGUGGAGGUAAAGUUCUCCUAUCAAACAUAUACGCAGAUGCAGGAAGGUGGGAGGAUGUAUCACUGGUUAGAAGAGCCAUUCAGAAUCAGAGAAUGGAGAGAAUGCCUGGGUGCAGUGGUGUUAUAAGGUAGCUAAAGGAGUUUCAAUUCGCUUAGAUUGUUUUGCUAAAUUUAGAGAUGAAGAUGCUGGUCUUUCAUACAAAAUGUUUUUGAGAAUCAUGUAUUCCGAUUUUGUAAAUUAUUCAGAAAUACUCUUUACUAGUUGUGCUUUAAACAUACUAUUACUUAUCAUUUAUA